GGGAGAAGGAGAGGCGCUUGGGAAGUAGUUCCGGCGCGGAGCCGGAGAAGGGAAGCUACUGCCGCGCCGCCGCCGGUUCACAAUGACUAAUGAAGAACCUCUCCCAAAGAAGGUUCGCCUUAGUGAAACAGACUUUAAGGUUUUGGGUAGAGAUGAACUGAUCCUAAGGUGGAAGCAAUAUGAAGCAUAUGUACAGGCUCUGGAGGGCAAAUACACCGAUCUUAAUUCUAAUGAUGUAACUGGAUUGAGGGAGUCUGAAGAGAAGCUGAAGCAACAACAGCAAGAGUCUGCCCGAAGAGAGAAUAUCCUGGUGAUGAGGCUGGCAACGAAGGAACAGGAAAUGCAAGAGUGUACUAAUCAGAUUCAGUACCUCAAGCAAGUCCAGCAGCCUAGUGUUGCCCAACUGAGAUCAACAAUGGUGGACCCAGCCAUCAACUUGUUUUUCCUAAAAAUGAAAGGUGAACUGGAACAGACUAAAGACAAACUGGAACAAGCCCAAAAUGAACUGAGUGCCUGGAAAUUUACGCCUGAUAGCCAAACAGGCAAAAAGUUAAUGGCGAAGUGUCGAAUGCUUAUCCAGGAGAAUCAAGAGCUUGGAAGGCAGCUGUCCCAAGGACGCAUUGCACAGCUUGAGGCAGAGCUGGCUUUACAGAAGAAAUAUAGUGAGGAACUAAAAAGCAGUCAGGAUGAAUUGAAUGACUUCAUCAUCCAGCUUGAUGAGGAGGUAGAGGGUAUGCAGAGUACCAUUCUAGUUCUCCAGCAGCAGUUGAAGGAGACUCGCCAGCAAUUGGCUCAGUUCCAGCAGCAGCAGUCCCAGGCCUCAGCCCCAGGUACCAGCAGGACUCCAUCUUCUGAGCCUACAGACCAGGGAGAGGCCAUGGGUAAAGACUGCAGCCGUCUGGCUAAUGGACCGAGCAACGGCAGCUCUUCCCAUCAGAGGACGUCUGGGCCUGGAUUUUAUAGGGAGGGUAGUGGCACAGAAGAUGACUUCCCAGCGUCUCCAGGGAAUGGUAAUAAGCUCUCCAACCACUCUGAAGAUAGAACUGUCAGAGGCGGUUGUAGCUACAUAAACCAACUAAGUACUGGGUAUGAAAGUGUAGACUCUCCCACUGGCAGUGAAAACUCACUCACUCACCACUCAAAUGACACAGACUCCAAUCAUGAUCCUCAAGAAGAGAAAACAGUGAGCAUGAAAGGUAACAGAACUGUGGGUUCUCGUCAUGUUCAGAAUGGUUUGGACUCCAAUGUAAAUGUCCAGGGUUCAGUUUUGUAACAUUUUUUUUUCUGCAACACUUUUAUACAGUGUCAUUUAAAUUGGGAGAGGAUACUGUCCAGAAACCGUUUAAAUUAGUGCAUACUUGUCACAGUUUUGCCUUUUUGUGGGUUUUUUUGCUUCAAUACCUCUGCCACUUUGGAAAUUUUAACAGUUAAUUACGUUGAAUGUUGCUAAAAGGACAUUUGUGUAGGCUCAAGUUAUUUUUAUAUGAGUUAAUGUGAAGUUGAAAAUGGAAAUUAUUUCCACAAAGUAUAACAUAAAUGAUGUCUGUACAAAUCUGUGUAUAUCUAGAACCUGUGCUGUGUAAGGGCAUUCUUACUCAUAUUGUUAUAUUUACACCACAUUCAAAAUUUGUCAUACUAGCUGUGGGUUUAUGACUGCCAAGCUUGCCCAGUACAGUAGUUUUAUCACUAAAAGAUGGACUUGUUGAAGGAGUCCUGUAGUAGUUCCAGUGUUAAUUACAGUUUUUUCCACCAUACAUCUGUGCAUUUCUCCUUAGGUGACCGAAUGUUAAGAAGUUUGUGUGCAUAGUUACUCAGUUUUAAGAACUGUUGUAUCCUGUUUAUGCAUAUGCUCUGUGACUCCAAUAUUAUCUUACCUGUACUGACCAAACCUAAAUAAAGACUUUUAAUAAUGUAAUUUAUUUUAGUCUGCAUUGGUUUCAUAUGAUGUAUUUGUAUACAAUGCAUUUUUAUUGUACGUGUUUUCUGUUGGAUUAUUUGCCCACUACCAAUCUACAUAGUAAAAAAUCAUGC